CGCGCUCGCUGCGGAGGUGGAGGAGGGUUUGCAUCCCUGAGAGCAGCGCCCGGGGGAAGAGGCAGGAGAAGGAAGCAGGGGCGAGGCUGACAGGGCAGGGCAGGAUCCGGCCGAGGUGCUGGUUCGAACUGGAAAGGAACCGGUCCCAGUCCAGUCGGGGAGGCAGCAGCAGAGCCGGCGACGCUCGGGCAGAGCACACCGGCCCCGGGCCGAGCAGCCACCGCCCGCCAUGGGCACGGAGCCUGGGAGUGGGUCUGUGAAGAUGCCAGAAGGGGAAAAAACGAGGCAAUGGAAGCAAGAAGAGGAGCAGCAGCAGAAAGAGGAGCAGGAGGGUCUGAUCGAAUUCUACAGCUCCUACCAGGAGCUCUUCCAGUUCUUCUGCAGCAACACAACCAUCCACGGGGCCAUCCGCCUGGUGUGUUCCAAAAAGAAUAAGAUGAAGACAGCCUUCUGGUCCGUCCUCUUCUUUCUCACCUUCGGCUUAAUGUACUGGCAGUUUGGAAUCCUCUACAGAGAGUACUUCAGCUACCCUGUCAACCUCAACCUCAACCUCAACUCUGACAGGCUGGCUUUCCCAGCUGUGACUCUCUGCACCCUCAAUCCAUACAGGUACAGUGCCAUCCGGAAGAAGCUGGAUGAGCUGGACCAAAUCACCCAUCAGACGCUGCUGGACCUUUAUGGCUACAACAUGUCUCUGUCACGAAGCGACUGGUCUGUGCCAGGCACACAGAAGCGCAGCUCCAGGAGCCUGCUCCAUCAGGUGCAGCGCCAUCCGCUGCGGAGGCAGAAGAGGGAUAACUUGGUCAACCUGCCAGAAAACAGCCCCUCGGUGGACAAGAAUGACUGGAAGAUUGGCUUUGUUCUGUGCAGUGAAAACAACAAGGAUUGCUUCCACCAGGCGUACUCCUCGGGGGUGGAUGCCGUGCGGGAGUGGUACAGCUUCCACUACAUCAAUAUCCUGGCACAGAUACCUGAUGCAAAAGCCCUGGAUGAGUCUGACUUUGAGAAUUUCAUUUACUCCUGCCGCUUCAACGAAGCAACCUGUGAUAAGGCGAAUUAUACCCACUUCCACCACCCUUUGUAUGGGAACUGCUACACGUUUAAUGACAACAGCAGCAGUCUGUGGACAUCUUCACUGCCGGGGAUCAAUAAUGGGCUGUCGCUGGUGGUGCGGACUGAACAGAACGAUUUCAUCCCUCUGCUGUCCACUGUGACAGGAGCCAGGGUCAUGGUCCACGAUCAGAACGAGCCAGCAUUCAUGGAUGAUGGGGGCUUCAACGUGCGCCCGGGCAUCGAGACCUCCAUCAGCAUGAGAAAGGAGAUGACCGUGCGCAUGGGGGGCAGCUACAGCGACUGCACUGAGGAUGGCAGCGAUGUACCAGUGCAGAACCUCUUCUCGUCCCGAUACACCGAGCAGGUGUGCAUUCGUUCCUGCUUUCAGCUCAACAUGGUAGAGCGCUGCGGCUGUGCUUAUUACUUCUACCCCUUACCUGCUGGGGCACGGUACUGUGACUACACAAAGCAUGUAGCCUGGGGCUACUGCUAUUACAAGCUCCUGGCUGAAUUCAAAGCUGAUGUGCUGCGCUGUUUCCACAAAUGCAGGAAGCCUUGCAAAAUGACACAAUACCAGCUAUCAGCUGGGUAUUCUCGCUGGCCUUCUGCUGUCUCAGAGGACUGGGUUUUUCAUGUGCUUUCAAAACAGAACAAAUACAACAUCACAUCCAAGAGGAAUGGAGUUGCCAAAGUGAAUAUCUUUUUUGAGGAGUGGAACUACAAGACCAAUGGGGAGUCUCCAGCCUUCACGGUAGUGACUUUGCUGUCCCAGCUAGGCAACCAGUGGAGUCUGUGGUUCGGAUCUUCUGUGCUGUCUGUGAUGGAGCUCGCAGAACUGAUUCUGGAUGUCAUCGCCAUCACCUUUAUCUUGGGCUUGCGCUGGUUCCGUUCUCGGCAGCAGCUCUCUGCCCUGGGACCAGCCCCGGCCGCCCAGGGUAACGCCGCCGGCCACGCCGAGGCGCCGCCUCUCGGUACGCCCCCCCACCGCUUCUCUGUCGAGGCUGUGGUGACCACGCUGCCCUCCUACAACAGCCUGGACCCACGUGGGGCAAGCAGGGAGGGUGGGGUGGCACACGAGUGAGGCACCGAGCUAUUCUGCAGCUCAGCUGGGUGGCAGCGGGAGCAGAGGUUCGCCUUCCGUGCGGGACCUGCAUUUUCUUUCUGGGGCAUUCUGCAUGGACCAUAGCAAAAGGCUGCACUAUGGUUUGCUUGAGUUUUUUGCUUUUACUACCAUAGAUGAAUCCUUUGGUCUCAUAAAAUGCUAUUGCUUUGGGGAUCAUCAGGGAUGAGCUAUAGAAUCAGAGAAAAUUAUGGUUGGAGGAAGACCUUGCACCCAACUGUUGUCUAAGUCUACCGCAUCUAUUGUACAGAGGAGGGAGAUGCCCACUUGGUUCCUUAUCCUCCUUAGAGGGGCACACCCACAACUGCACACAUGCCCUUCCCCCCACCCCUUGCUACCACAAUUCUGGUCUGACCUUAAUUAAAGGUUUGGCAGGUGUGUCA